CCGGCGGGCUGUUUCCUUCCUUCUGCCGCCGUUGCUAGCACGUCCUGUUUUCGUUGGCUGUGCUAGGGAUGGCGGCUACUGCUACUAUAGCUUCUUAGUGCUGGUCCUCGCCCGGAGCUCUAGUGUAGUGCGGCUUCUUCCUUUGUCCUGUUUGCCCGGGUGAAGCUUUCGUGCAGCCCGCAGCAUGGGCCGGGAGUCGCGCCACUAUCGGAAACGAUCAGCAUCAAGGGGACGCUCUGGAAGUCGAUCUAGAAGUCGCUCACCCUCAGAUAAAAGAAGUAAACGUGGAGAUGACAGACGGUCUAGAAGUAGAGAUAGAGAUAGAAGGAGAGAAAGGUCAAGAAGCAGGGAUAAAAGAAGAUCUCGGUCAAGGGACAGGAAGCGUCUGAGGCGUUCCAGAAGUAGAGAGAGAGACAGAAGCCGAGAGCGAAGAAGAUCUCGCAGCCGAGACAGGAGACGCUCAAGGAGUAGAAGCCGGGGCCGAAGAUCCCGAUCCUCCAGUCCUGGCAAUAAAAGCAAGAAAGCUGAGAAUAGAUCUAGGUCCAAGGAGAAAACAGAAGGUGGAGAAAGUUCUAAAGAGAAGAAAAAAGACAAAGAUGAUAAGGAAGAUGAAAAAGAAAAAGAUGCUGGUAACUUUGACCAGAAUAAGCUGGAGGAAGAAAUGAGAAAGCGAAAAGAAAGAGUUGAAAAAUGGAGAGAAGAGCAACGUAAAAAGGCCAUGGAAAACAUAGGAGAACUGAAAAAGGAAAUUGAAGAGAUGAAACAAGGGAAAAAAUGGAGUUUAGAAGAUGAUGAUGAUGAUGAAGACGAUCCUGCAGAAGCUGAAAAGGAAGGAAAUGACAUGGAGGGUGAGGAGUUAGAUCCAUUAGAUGCUUACAUGGAAGAAGUGAAAGAAGAAGUAAAAAAGUUUAAUAUGAGAAGUGUAAAAGGUGGUGGGGGAAAUGAAAAGAAGUCGGGGCCAACAGUCACAAAAGUUGUCACUGUUGUGACUACCAAAAAAGCAGUUGUAGAUUCUGACAAGAAGAAAGGUGAGCUGAUGGAGAAUGACCAGGAUGCCAUGGAGUAUUCUUCAGAGGAGGAAGAAGUUGAUCUUCAGACAGCCCUUACAGGCUAUCAGACAAAACAGAGAAAACUUCUAGAACCAGUUGAUCAUGGAAAAAUUGAAUAUGAACCAUUCAGAAAAAACUUUUACGUUGAAGUUCCAGAACUAGCAAAAAUGUCUCAAGAGGAGGUGAAUGUAUUUCGGUUGGAAAUGGAAGGCAUUACAGUAAAAGGAAAAGGUUGUCCCAAACCAAUUAAAUCUUGGGUCCAGUGUGGAAUUUCCAUGAAGAUCUUAAAUUCUCUCAAAAAGCAUGGUUAUGAGAAGCCCACGCCAAUCCAAACCCAAGCAAUUCCUGCGAUAAUGUCUGGACGAGAUUUGAUUGGUAUUGCCAAGACAGGAAGUGGAAAGACCAUUGCUUUUCUGUUGCCCAUGUUUAGACACAUCAUGGAUCAGAGGUCAUUAGAAGAAGGAGAGGGCCCAAUAGCUGUCAUCAUGACUCCAACUCGAGAACUGGCUUUACAGAUUACUAAAGAAUGUAAGAAGUUUUCGAAGACCCUAGGACUUAGAGUGGUCUGUGUUUAUGGAGGAACAGGAAUCAGUGAGCAGAUUGCUGAACUGAAAAGAGGUGCUGAAAUUAUUGUUUGCACACCUGGUCGAAUGAUUGACAUGUUAGCAGCUAACAGUGGUCGGGUCACAAAUCUUCGAAGAGUGACAUAUGUCGUUUUAGAUGAAGCAGAUAGAAUGUUUGACAUGGGAUUUGAACCACAGGUCAUGCGCAUUGUGGAUAAUGUCCGUCCUGACCGACAGACAGUUAUGUUUUCAGCUACUUUCCCUAGAGCUAUGGAGGCCUUGGCACGCAGAAUACUGAGUAAACCCAUUGAAGUACAGGUUGGAGGCAGGAGUGUGGUUUGUUCAGAUGUGGAGCAACAGGUGAUUGUGAUUGAAGAAGAAAAAAAGUUCUUAAAGUUACUUGAGCUUCUAGGUCAUUAUCAAGAAUCAGGAUCUGUCAUUAUAUUUGUGGAUAAGCAGGAACAUGCUGAUGGUCUGCUAAAGGACUUAAUGAGAGCGUCUUAUCCUUGCAUGUCUCUUCAUGGAGGUAUUGAUCAAUAUGACAGAGAUAGCAUCAUAAAUGACUUUAAGAAUGGAACCUGCAAGCUUCUUGUGGCCACCUCAGUUGCUGCCCGAGGUCUAGAUGUGAAACAUCUGAUUCUUGUAGUAAAUUACAGCUGCCCCAACCACUAUGAGGACUAUGUACACAGAGCAGGACGGACUGGAAGAGCAGGCAACAAAGGUUAUGCCUACACUUUUAUCACAGAGGAUCAAGCUCGCUAUGCUGGUGACAUAAUUAAAGCUCUUGAAUUGUCAGGGACUGUGGUGCCUCCUGAUCUAGAGAAACUUUGGAGUGAUUUCAAAGAUCAGCAGAAAGCUGAAGGAAAAAUAAUUAAAAAGAGUAGUGGGUUCUCUGGUAAGGGAUUCAAGUUUGAUGAAACAGAACAAGCUUUGGCUAAUGAGAGGAAGAAGUUACAGAAGGCAGCUCUUGGUCUGCAAGAUUCGGAUGAUGAAGAUGCUGCAGUUGAUAUUGAUGAACAAAUUGAAAGCAUGUUUAAUUCAAAGAAGAGAGUAAAGGAUAUGGCUGCUCCUGGAACAUCUAGUGUUCCUGCCCCAACUGCAGGAAAUGCCGAAAAAUUAGAAAUUGCUAAGCGAUUGGCUCUCAGAAUCAAUGCUCAGAAGAAUUUGGGCAUUGAGUCUCAGGUAGAUGUGAUGCAACAGGCCACCAAUGCAAUUCUCAGAGGUGGCACUAUUCUGGCUCCCACUGUGUCUGCAAAAACCAUUGCAGAGCAACUUGCUGAAAAGAUCAAUGCCAAGCUCAAUUAUGUGCCUUUAGAAAAACAAGAAGAGGAGAGACAGGAUGGUGGACAGAAUGAAUCUUUUAAGAGAUACGAGGAAGAAUUAGAGAUUAAUGACUUCCCACAGACGGCGAGGUGGAAAGUUACCUCUAAGGAAGCUCUACAGAGAAUCAGUGAAUAUUCCGAAGCUGCUAUUACAAUCAGAGGAACUUACUUCCCUCCUGGCAAAGAACCCAAGGAAGGAGAACGGAAAAUUUACUUGGCAAUUGAAAGUGCUAAUGAACUGGCUGUGCAGAAAGCAAAAGCAGAAAUCACCAGGCUCAUAAAAGAAGAAUUGAUCCGACUGCAAAAUUCAUACCAGCCGACAAAUAAAGGAAGAUACAAAGUCUUAUAAACAUCUAAAAAACCUUUUUUUUUUUUUUUUUUUUAACCUGUGCUGGUCUGUGAUACAGUGGCAAUUGUCUGAAGUUUACAAUGUAUUGUAAAUUAAGAUUUUUAAAAUUCCAUCUUGUUGAUUUUUUAAAUACAAGAAACCAGUUUUUGCUAAAGAAAUCUUCGGUCAGUAAGUAGCCCCACAAUUCAAACUAUAUUUAAAGCAGGCCUGUUUUCAGAGUAUAAUACCUUUAAUGUAAAACUUAAAUAUUGGUAUUUUAAAUAUCUGGAUAAUAUUCUAGAGGUUUAAAAAUGGAAACAUUUGGGCUUUGUAUUGAGGUAAUAAAGAAUACAAGUAACUAAGGAGCAACACAUCUUAUCCUCUUUCAACAAAAUUACCUCCUGAGAAAAAGUGAAAUUCUGUCAUAUUUUGUGUCAACCCCUCCCCAAGCUGAAAUCUUACUCAAUUCAGCAGACCAUCUAAACUGGAUUUAAGAAUGUUAUAAUAGAAGCUUUACAAAUUAGGUUCAGAAUUUUUUUUAAUCAUUGUAAAUUUGCGAUAGUUGGAUUAUUUUUGGUUUUUGUAAAAUUAAACAUUUGUAGCAUAAGAACUUUUUGCAUUUCUUUACACUGCAAAGUUUUAGUAUGUACUACUUUUAGGUUCCUCUUGCAACCUCUAGCUGUAUGCCUAGGAAUUAAUUCUUUCUUAAUCUUAUUUAAAAGAGAACAGUUGUAGCCUAUAAAUAUUAAAUAUGAUUCCUUUUCCCCCUGAAAGUGUUUUUUUAGACAUCUGUACAUAUGGUAUGUACAAACACCCUACUACUUUUCAUCUACUUUUCCUUCAAGAUUAUCAUAGGCUGUGAAUUUUUUUCUUAAAACAUUUACAUUUGGGAGGCUGAGACAGGAGGAUUGCUGUAAAUUCAAUGCCAGACUGGGCUACAUAAUGAGUUCAAGGCCAGCCUGAAUUUCAUAGUGAGACCCUGUAUCCAAAAAAGUAAAAAUAAAACAUACUGGUACAUAAGUUUUAGACAGACUUCAACAUCUCUGUGAAAUGCAGUGCACAAGGAAUCAAAAUUGUAUUUUGAGCCCUCAAGGUCUAACUCUGGAAUAUUCUAAUUUAAAUGGCUAUCAUUGGAUUACCUAGUUCUUUCCAAGACCUCAGGUGUAUUAGAACUUCAUAUUGUCACUUGAAAAGGUUUUUUCAGGAAUUAAGUAGAUGUAUUUCUUAAAUUAAGAAACAGCCUCUAAAUAUUCUUAAUAGUUUUCAAAAGAACAAAAAUCAAAGUAUUUUAUCAUUUUAAUAUUACAGGCAAUAGCCCAAGUGACAAGGCAUAUCAAUAAUUUCUUCAAAAUAAAUUAUCUAUUUAAAAAGUAAGAUAGAACUGGAAAGUAUUUUUAGAUCCCUUACACAUUCACUUAAAUAAUUGAAGGAAGAAGACAGACAAAAUACAUGUAACAACAGAAUCAAAUAAACCAUUUACUCUAA